AGUGACGGGUGGUUGCCGCUCGCUCAUUUACCAAUCGGACGUGUUGAAUUCAAAAUCAUGAAAAUCUUGCCGCUUCCUUUGCGGCCACAGAUACGAUUUAGAAACGAACGUAACAACAUCACAAGGAUGAAGAUCGUCUGUCAUCGUCGUCGUCGUGUUUUAAGCCGAGUGUGAGUGAUUGUGAGUCUGUAAAUUGGCAUUUGUGUGUGGAUGGAUGCGAUAGAUCCAAUCAAUAAUCAAUCGUUCGUGUUGUUGCGAAAUCAUAAAAAAUUGGAUCGGCUGUCGAGGUACAUGUCUGUAUCUAUGUGUCAAUAUUUAAAAGAAGACCACGGAGGCAAAGCUAAGCAAAGAAAGACUGCACGGAUUUCAAAGUUUCGUUUCGUUUUUUUUUUGAUGAUUUGAAUUUUUUAUUUCCAUUUUUAUAUCCGAAUCAUUGCAUAUCAUAAAAACUGAGGUGAUUUCUGUUCCGUUUUGUCAGCGUCAUACUUGUGGGGCUCGUCUGCCUGUCUUUUCGAUCGAUUUGCUAGUCUUGUCUGUCUGUCUCGCCGCCGCCGCUGCUGCACAAAAAACCAAUUCAAUUGUUGUUGUUCGUUCGUUCGUUUUAUAUUAUUUUGUGAAAAUUUCGUAUACGCAUAAAAAACGAAGGAGGAAUUAAUUGGAAAUUUUGCCGUCUCGGCAAUAAGUCGUGAAAUCAGAUAUUGCACAUUGUACACAUAUUUCAAUGAAGGCCUGAAAAAAACCCAACAUAAUCGAAAAAUGCUAUCCAGUAGUACGCAUAAAUAUCGCCCGGGAACGUUGCUAAUGUCGAAACUUGGUAAUUUUUUAAAAUAUUUGUGGUUGAAAAUACUCUUGGCCCUAACGGAAAUACGCAAAUAUCACAGCUAUGGUAAUAAGUUAGUUAAGUUCAAUGUAAAUGUUGCGAGUCAUCAGCAGCAGAAUCACAAUCAAAAGAAGCAGCUUCAACAUUCAAACACCUUAAAGAAAAUACCGGAAGUUAAAGGAUUACCAGUGGUUGGAACAUUAUUUCAUUUGCUAGCUGCCGGAGCAGCACCAAAGCUACACAUCUACAUUGACAAACGCCAUCGACAUUAUGGCGACAUCUUUCGCGAACGUUUAGGUGGUACUCAAGAUGCCAUAUUUGUCUCCUCAGCCCAUUUAAUGCGUUCAGUAUUUCAGCAUGAAGGUUCAUAUCCCAGACAUCCAUUGCCCGAUGCUUGGAUACUGUACAAUCAAGAGCACAACUGUCAAAGGGGUUUGUUUUUCAUGGAAGGUGAGGAAUGGUUUCACAAUCGUCGUCUUCUCAGUCGUGUCUUACUUAGCGGCAAUUUGAAUUGGAUGGAUUGGCAUGUACGCCAGUGUACCAAUAAGCUGAUAGCCAAAUGGAAGGAAGAUUUGUUGAAAGUAAAGGAGAGUUCGGGUUAUGAAUGUAUGCUCAUCGAUAAUGUGGAACAACAGUUGUACAGAUGGUCCAUUGAUGUGGUCAUAUCGGUGAUGUUCGGUACUACGGCAAGCGAAAAAGAAAAUGCCGAUCUACAUUCGGCCGUUACUGAUUUUUCACAAAUCGUACAUAAAAUAUUCGAAAGCAGUUCGAAGCUGAUGAAUUUCCCCCCAAAAAUUGCCAAAAAAUAUCGCAUGAAAAUAUGGACAGAUUUCGAGGAUAGUGUGCAGCGGGCCCUGUCGCAAGGCUGUAGAAUUAUUGAUAUGUAUUUGCAAUUGUGUUCGGAAUAUCCGGAUGGUCUCUAUGGCAAGCUGAAAGAGUCGGAUACACCCUUGGAUAUGAUUAAGCGAUUGUUUGUGGAUUUGGUGAUUGCAGCCGGAGAUACGACCGCCUUCUCCUCGGCCUGGGCCCUAUACCUUUUAUCCAAAGACAAUAAAUUACAGCACAAAAUCCACGAAGAACAACUUGAUCAUAGUAAUGUCCAUGAUAUGCCUCUGGUUCGAGGUCUGGUCAAAGAAACCCUAAGACUGUAUCCGGUGGCGCCAUUCAUUGGACGUUAUUUGCCGGAAGAUGCCAAAAUCGAUAAAUAUUUUAUUAAAAAAGAUUCUUUGGUAUUACUAUCGCUUUACACUGCCGGUCGUGAUCCCAAACAUUUUCCCGACCCCCUGGAGGUCAUGCCUGAAAGAUGGCUACGUGAUGAACAUACCGGGGAUUAUAAAGGCGUUUAUAAACCCCAUGCUAGUCUGCCCUUUGCCAUUGGCAAUCGUUCAUGUAUUGGCCGCAAAUUGGCCCUAUCACAAAUGCAAUAUUUAAUAGCGGAGAUUACCAAAAACUUCAAAUUAAGCUGUGAAAAUACAACACCAAUCGAAAGUAUACUGCGUUUGGUUACCGUACCAAAUCAACCAUUAAUAUUGGGACUUUGUCCGCGUAUCACAUAAUUUUAGAUAGCUAUUAGUUUUGUUUUAGAGUAAAUAUUUGUAAAAGUGCAUUUCUACCAUGGUUAUGGAAUAAUUCACAAAUACUUAAUAAUAUUUCCAUAGAUUAUUCCAUUAAGGUGCAAUUUGUUUUUUUUAGACUUGUAGAGUAGAGCUUAGGAUUUAGUGUAGUAAUUUGUUAGUCUUGAUACGAGAAAAUAUAUACAAAAUUAUUGAAAAAAAAAAACAAA